UCCAUAAAAAUCAAUGGAUACAGUGAAACAAGAUAAAGUUGUAAUGUAAUCAACCACCACGAAACUGCCUGUUCUCCUCCUAAGUUCAUGAAUCCUUCCCGCUCCUAUAUAAAUCCCCACUUACAUUUCUCUCUCUCACACACACAUACUCAUAAUAUUACUCUCAUCUCUCCAAAGAAACUCCAAUUAAAAAUGCCUUCUUCUUCUGCUACGACUAUCGUCUCAAAAUGCACCAUCUACCCAGACCACCCCCAAGAACCUUCCGUCAAACCCCUAAGACUCUCAGUUUCUGAUCUCCCUAUGCUCUCUUGCCAAUACAUCCAGAAGGGUGUUCUUCUCUCUUAUCCACCAUACUCCUUCGACGACCUCAUCACAUUCCUCAAGCGCUCUCUCUCCACUGCUCUCUCCUUCUUCCCUGCACUAGCUGGCCGACUGGAGACCGAUCCGCAUGGCCACGUCAACAUAGUCUGCAACUCUGCUGGCAUCGACUUUAUUCAUGCUAAAGCAAGACAUGCCUUUUCUAAUAACAUUCUUUCCCCCCUCCACGACGUUCCUGAUUACGUCAAGGGCUUCUUUGCUUUUGAUAAAACCCUCAGUUACUCUGGCCAUUCUAAGCCGUUGAUUGCGGUACAGGUUACAGAGCUAGCUGACUCUGUUUUUAUUGGGUGUACUGUGAAUCACGCAGUUACUGACGGUACCUCCUUUUGGCAUUUCUUUAAUACUUUCGCUGAAAUCAACAAAGGAGCCAAGAAAAUCUCCAAAUCUCCAGAUUUUAGCCGCAACAAUGUUUUUAACUCACCGGCUGUUCUUAAAUUCCCCGCCGGUGGUCCGAAAGUCACCUUCUCCGAUGACCAACCGUUGCGUGAAAGAAUUUUUCACUUCACUAGAGAAGCCAUACUUAAGCUGAAAUACCGAGCUAAUCAUGGUAAUUUAGUUGAGUUACUGGGCAAGCAAAUUAAUGACAGUUGGAAAGUCGUUAAUAACGGGGAGAGUAUCUUAAAACAUAACAAUAAUAACAACAUUAACAAUAAAACGGCAGAGAUUUCGUCGUUUCAAUCAUUGUGCGCACAGCUAUGGAAGUCAGUUACACGUGCGAGGAAUCUCUCGCCUCUGAAAACGACAACGUUUCGGAUGGCUGUUAACUGCCGACACCGGCUGGAGCCGCGGCUCGACCCUUAUUACUUCGGCAACGCGAUUCAAAGCAUCCCGACCGUUUCUCCGAUAGGGGAGUUAUUGUCCCGGGAUCUGAACUGGGUGGCUGAUUUGUUACACCAAAACGUCGUCGCACACGAUGAUACUACGGUGCGGAAGGGUAUAGCGGACUGGGAAAGGGAGCCAAGGUUGUUUCCUCUAGGGAACUUCGAUGGGGCAUCAAUCACGAUGGGUAGCUCGCCCAGAUUUCCCAUGUAUGAUAACGAUUUCGGGUGGGGUCGGCCUUUGGCGAUAAGAAGUGGUAGGGCUAAUAAGUUUGACGGGAAGAUCUCAGCCUUCCCUGGAAGGGAAGGAAACGGGAGCGUUGAUUUGGAGGUAGUUUUGGCACCUGAAACAAUGGAGGGGCUUUUAAAGGAUGAGGAGUUUAUGCAGUAUGUAAGUUCUUAAGUGUGUGAGCGGACUACACCCUAGCGGAAUUGGGGGGGGGGGGGAGUUGAACGAGGUACAUGGAAGUUGGAAGCUCACGGUGGGUGUAACUGCUGUAGCAUUCCAAAUCUUUGAUGGUCAAACAAGGUGGUGAUGGUCCCAGGUUAAACAGAAAAAAAAAAAAAAAAAAAAAAAAAAAAAAACCAAGAUUAAUGAUUUGGAUGGUUGUGAUUUAUGAUUUCCCUUUUCUUUUUUUUUUUUUUUUCUCUCUGAAAGUUAAAAAAAAAAAAAUUGAUAAGAAUUGAACUCCAAUAUAGAUUUAUAAAGUAGUAUCACCCUUUGCACUGGUUAAAGCACUAUGUAUAUUUUAAUGAUAAGAGGAUAAUAGGCAAAACAGCAAACCCACCCACUUGGGGGCUGUUUGGCCAAGUAGCCUGUGCUGUGUUGUGCUAUGCUGUGUGUGUGUAAUGUAAGACAUUGUACAUGAUGGCAACUUUCUGUUAUUUAGACUUUUUCUAAAUGCUCAAGCCAAACAGAGCCAAUGAUUCAUAAUAGUAUAUUUGUGCUUUUUAA